UGUGUCUGCCUCUGAGCUCCGGCGCGGCCUGGCCUGGUCUGGCCCGGCCCGGCCUGGCCUAUUGAAUGUGCAUCAAAAUUUAUGUGGCCUUUUUUAGUCGUUUGCGUUGAGCCAGCGGAAGCGAACGUCGUCGUCGGAGCAACAGCCUCACAUCGCGCGUCGUGUGUUGCCGUCGUGAUUCGAGUGGAUAGUGGGAUAUUUUUUGUACGCCAGUGCUCGAAUUGCACUGCCAUACGAGUACGAGUGCGAGUACGAGUACGAGUACGAGUUCGAGUCUGAGCGGAGCGUCAGAUCUAUAGAGAGUGCCAGAGAAGCCAGCGAUGAUUUCGUAAUAGUCCAAAAAUUUCGAAUAUAAAUUGUGUAAUUUAAAACAACCGAAAAACGCAUAGGUGGAUUGUGGAUUUAAAUGUUAACCAAUAUUCCCAAAAAUCAAUCUUCCUGCAAAGAUCAUUGAACAAAGACUCAAAGAUUCAUACACAUUCGUUUUGGGCCUGGCCGAGUGACCUUUCCAUUCGAAGCUUUGAACUGUGCAACCUGUUGCUGUUGCUGUUACUGUUGCUGGCAUUUGUGGACACUUUUCCAAUCGGAUGGAAGUCGCUCCCAUUGCACAAUCCCAUUCCCCCCGUUUAAAUAAGAUGCGCUAAAGGGUUACUAGCCACAACAGCGUCCUACGGAUAUACAUAUAUACACAUAUAUUUGAAGUGCCCUUCGAUAUUCAUGGCCAUGCAGGAUAUACGGCUACGCCUGGAACCGCAGCUUAGUACAGUCACAGCCACAUUCACAUCGUCCUCGUCCUCCUCCUCAGCCUCAGCCUCCUCCUCCUCCGCGUCAUCGUCGUCAUCGAACACGGCUGAGACCACGCUGAUUGAGACGGCCCAGAAGUCGCCCGUUGCCACAGAGCAGAUCUUCAGUGAGGCAGCUGCUGGAGCAGGGACAACGAAUACAUCUCCGCAGCAUUACUUCCAUCAUCAUCAUCACCAUCCGCACCAGCAUCCACAGCGUCCGCAGUCGCAGUCGCACACGCACUCGCAUCCGCAUCCGCACCAUCCCAGACGCCACGUGGAGCAGCUGCAGCUGGUGCACAGCCACCACAAUGCCCAGGAGCUGCCCGAGCAGGAGCACCAGCAUCAGCUGCAACUGCCGCGCUCCCCCAGCUCCGAGGAGGAUAAUUCACCCACAGAAAUGAAUAAUUGCCGUCGUUUGGUUGAUAAACCGCCGCUGGUGAAGCGCCUCACCAUGGGCAUUGGCCUGCUCCGGGGCACCGAGGACAGCCGCCCACUGGUGCACAACACAUGCGGCUCCUCGUUGAACUCGGGCUCAUCGCAGACCAUUUCGGAUGGCUAUGUGAACGAGGCCAUCUGCGAGCCGGACAAGUAUGUGGCCAGUAAAUUUGGUGACUCGUGUCGCCAAUCGCUCACCGCCCUGGAAACGGCCACACAGCGCCUGCAGGUGGAGCUGCCCGGCAACAAGAAGUAUUUGCGGGAGACAUGCAGCGCUAAUUCCAGUCCAAAACUGUUCGCCGGCAAUGGAUCGCUGCGUCUGGAUAACCUUAGCUUGGCCGAGCAACAGGAGCUUAAGGGGGCCGCCUGGUUCCAGGCGGGCAUUCCGCGCGAGAUCUCACUGGAGGUGCUCUCCCGCCAGAGUCCCGGCGCCUUCCUGGUGCGUCAGAGCAGCACCAAGCCAGGCUGCUUUGCCUUGUCGCUGCGUGUGCCGCCGCCAUCACCGCGUGUGGCCCACUAUCUGAUCCUCAGGACACAGCGGGGCUACAAAAUCAAGGGCUUCACCAAGGAGUUUAGUUCGCUGAAGGCCUUGAUCACCCAUCACUCGGUGAUGCCGGAGCUGCUGCCCGUGCCGCUGACGCUGCCCAGGCCGGCGCACGUGCGCUCCCACGCCCAGGCACAGGUCUACGGGAGUGGCAGCGGUGGCGGGGGCGGGGACUUUGAAAUGUACGGCUCGCUGAAUGAUUUUCGCAACAUGAUGGCCGAUUUGAAUGUGUGACCGUUGGGCGCACUUAAUUAAUUAAGUAAUUAUGUCACGUUGAUUCAAUUAAGCCACCUGGCUUGUCAUAUUGUCCGGGGUCGCGCGGGGGACGAGAUGUGGACGUGGGAUGGAUGCGACGGGACGGGAUGGGGUCCUGUCUGGACAGGAUAACAAUCUGUUUAAUUUGCGUAAUUGGCUGUGCUGACGGUUGACGUGGCUACCAAUGAAUGGGCCGGGGCCGAUGCCGAUCCAUCUGUCCACCAGGUGCUACAAAAAUUUGCAAAAAAUGUUAUGAAAAUUGAUAAUAAAAUCAGCCACUGAGCUGGGGUGGAGACUGUGGUCACGGUUGGGCAGAUGGGUGAAUAGGGAUGAGAUGGUAUGGGAUGGGGGUACUCAUGUAAGCGCACACACACAAAAAAGAAUGUGCUCAAAUCACUUUUAUGAAACUGAUUAAAAAAAUGCAAAAAAUAUGCAAUAUGUAUGUAUACGCAAACAGAACAUGCCAGUGAUUAUUAUAUUGCACGUUUUCAUUUGGUUAUUUGGCGGAGUGGCAGGUGCAGCAGA